UGAUUAUUUUUAUUAUCACUUAAUAAUCGGUGCUUUUUCGUCUACAACUGUAUAUGGAAAGUUUAAAUAAGAAACAUUUCAUAAUAUUCAUGGGAGAAAUGUUUGCGUGUGAAUUUGAUUAGAGGUUGCGUUGCUAGAUCAUUUUCAAAAAUAAGCACAGAGGAAAAUGGCGGACAGAUUAUACGUUUCAUUAGCAGUCCAGUUCUAUAUGUUUCAAAUUAGGAAUUUUGUUUGAUUAGGUUCAGAAUUGGCCACACCCCUACCCGACCAAUGAAAUUUCACGGUUUUGUUUUGGCUAAAUGCUCAAAAUGACAGUUUAACGCUAAGGCGUUUAACGUAACGUCAAUUCUUCAACAUAGCAUCGACGUUUCCUAUCAGUUAGCUCGAAUUUAGUUAAAUUGUAGUACUUAAGUUUUAUCAUAUUUUGUGAAUUAAACUUUGCAAUUCCAGUGCCAAUACAAAAACAGUGACAAUGUCUAGUGAAUCUGCAAAGAAUUUUUCUAGUGUAGAAGCUCCAGGAUACGUGGGGUUUGCUAACCUUCCAAACCAGGUUCAUAGAAAAUCUGUGAAAAAAGGCUUUGAAUUCACUUUGAUGGUUGUGGGUGAGAGUGGCCUAGGAAAAUCAACUCUGGUCAAUGCCCUUUUUCUGACUGAUCUCUACCCAGAACGGGUAGUUCCUGACGCCAUAGAAAAAAUGAAGCAAACUGUGAAACUGGAACCAUCAACUGUAGAGAUAGAAGAGCGAGGAGUAAAGCUGAGACUGACUGUAGUAGAUACUCCAGGGUAUGGAGAUGCCAUUGACAAUACAGACUCAUUUUCUGAAAUAAUAAGGUAUAUAGAUGAGCAGUUUGAAAGAUUUCUCACAGAUGAAUCAGGGUUAAAUAGGAAGAAUAUUAUGGAUAAUAGGAUCCAUUGCUGUUUCUACUUCAUCUCACCUUUUGGCCAUGGCUUAAAACCUCUGGAUAUUGAGUUCAUGAAACAACUCCACAACAAAGUCAAUAUAGUUCCUGUUAUUGCAAAGGCUGAUGUUUUAACCAAAAAAGAAAUGCAAAGAUUGAAAAAGAAGGUUCUAGAUGAGAUUGCUGAGAAUAACAUCAAAAUCUACACCUUGCCUGAAUGUGAUUCUGAUGAAGAUGAGGAAUACAAAGAGCAGGUCCGCCAACUGAAGCAAGCUGUCCCGUUCGCCGUUUGCGGCGCGAACACUCAACUCGAAGUGCGCGGUCGCAAAGUACGCGGCCGCCUGUACCCAUGGGGCGUGGUCGAAGUGGAGAACCCCGAGCACUGCGACUUCGUGAAGUUGCGCGCCAUGCUUGUGACGCACAUGCAGGAUCUGCAGGAGAUCACGCAGCAGGUGCAUUACGAGAACUACAGGUCGGAGAGGCUCGCCAAGGGAGUGCCGCCACCUGCGGCAGCAGCGGCUGUGGUGGCGGCCGCGCAUCAGGGAAAGAGGAAUACUCUGGGAGACGACAAAUCAGCAGCCGUGAACGAAAAAGACAGAAUUCUACAGGAGAAAGAAGCAGAACUACGAAGAAUGAAAGAAGUUAUCGCGCAGAUGCAAUCUCAAAUACAACAGACGCAGUAGUUAUAUUAAUCCUACCAUAUAUUUGCCAUAAGUUCCACAUAUCUUUUGUAUACCUAUAUCUUAUAUUUUUUAUUUACCAUUUGCGUCGUCCUUUUUAUUCAUAUUUAACAACAUUAAAUUGUAUACUUGUGAAAGUAUUGUCAAACUGGGGCCAAGUUGGCCCACCAUCAAAGCUUGUUACAGCUUCUAAACUUCCUUACACUGCUUCUAGUGUUUUAGUUCAUAAAUUUUCAGAACUUAUAACCCUUUUUGUGUCUUCCAUAUUGCCCAGAAAUUCCUAGUUUUUGUACUUUCUUAUUAAGUAGUUAGUUAACAAGUGUUUUCGUGAAUGGAAGUAUACAAUUUAAUGUACCUUGAAAGCUUAUAAAAUAUUAUAAGAGUGAAGUAUGAUAUUUUUUUAUAUUUAAGGUUAGUAUUUUUUAAAAGUUGUCAAUGAUGAACUUAGAGAUUUAUUAAAAGAUGGUUUAUUAUAGAUCUGAACAGGGUAUGCUAUAUAUUUAUAGCAUGGACUCUGUAUAUAAGUGCAUUGAACUCUCUGCAAUGAUACCGUAAAGUGUAUUUUAUAAUAAAAAUGUUUUUUGAUAAA